AUGGCUCCAAAGAACAACAUUCCCGCAUAUGUGCUCGGCGUAGGGCUGACCAAGUUCAUCAAGCCACGCAAGGAGCGAGCAUAUCCCGAAAUGGGAUAUGAGGCAGGCGUGAAGGCCAUGUUGGACGCGCAAAUCAACUACGAUGAUGUUGAGACGGGCGUCGCAUGUUACUGCUAUGGAGAUACUACAAGCGGACAGAGGAUCUUCUAUCAAUUCGGCAUGAGCUCUAUUCCAAUCUACAAUACAAACAACGCCUGCGCCACUGGUUCAACUGGUCUGCAUCUUGCACGCACGCUCAUCAAAAACGGGGCUAUCGACUGCGCCCUCGUCAUCGGCUUCGAGCAAAUGCAACCGGGCUCAAUUAAAUCCGUCUGGGGCGAUCGGCCCUCACCCAUGGGCCUCUCAAUGGGCAUGAUGGCUGAUACUCACGGCAUAGCCAACUCGCCACCCAACGCGCAAUAUUUCGCCAAUGCCGGUAAAGAGUACAUGGAGAAGUACGGCGCUGAGGCACGCGAUUUUGCCGAGAUAGCGAGGAUAUCUCACGAGCAUAGUUCGAAGAAUCCGUACGCACAGUUUAGGGAUGUGUAUACCCUGGAGCAGAUUGAGAAGGCGCCUAUGAUACAUUUUCCGUUGACGAAGCUGCAGUGCAGUCCAACGAGCGAUGGCGCGGGUGCAGCUGUUAUCGUAUCUCAAAAGUUUUUGGAUGAGCGGCCGCAUCUAAAGAGCCAAGCGAUCCUCAUCGCAGGACAGUCGUUAAUGACAGACUCGCCGCAGCUCUAUUCAAAGUCCGCCAUGGAUCUCGUCGGCUACGACAUGACCAAGCGCGCUGCACAGGCCGCCUUGAAGGAAGCUGGCGUUAGCCCCAAGGAGGUCAAAGUCGCCGAACUGCACGAUUGCUUCUCCGCGAACGAACUCAUUCUUUUAGAAGGCCUCGGCUUCAGCGAACCCGGGAAGGCUCAUUUGAUGGUGCGCAACGGAGAUAUCACGUAUGGCGGCAAAGGCCCUAUUAUCAACCCUUCGGGGGGCUUAAUCAGCAAAGGGCAUCCCCUCGGCGCAACUGGUCUAGCACAGUGCGCAGAGCUCACAUGGCAGCUUCGUGGAUGGGCAAACAACAGACUUGUCGAUGGCGCAGAUAUCGCACUGCAGCAUAACCUUGGCUUGGGCGGAGCGGUCGUGGUGAAUGUGUAUAAGCGAGCGGAUGGGAAAAAGAGUGUGAAGCUCAGCGACGAGGAGAUCAAAAAGGCGAGUUUGUUCGACUACAAUCCAGCGGUAGAGGCGCGGUAUGUGACGAAGGAGGAAGGAGAUCAAGUGAGGAGUAAGACCGUAGCGAGUGAGUACGCGCUUGGAGACACACUGGAAAAGAUCCAGAGUCGAUUGUAG